UCAUAUUGUCAAUUCAGACAGCGAUCUAUCACGCUGACAGGUUGAAAUAUGAAUAAUCUCACAACAAAACUAUUCGCUUCCGAACUAAUCCAAAGAACAAAAUCAGCAAUUUCGAAAUAUUCUUCGACGGCUUACGAAGCAACUCGCAAAAAUAUCCUUCUCAACAAAGACACCACGGUAAUCGUCCAAGGGAUAACCGGAAAGCAUGGAACGUUCCACGCCGAACAGGCCAUCAGCUAUGGAACCAAGAUAAUCGGAGGAGUAACCCCCAAGAAAGGGGGCACGAAGCAUUUAGGUCUGCCGGUCUUCAACAACCUCAAAGAGGCGAAAAGUGCCAUUAAGAAGAUAGAUUGCUCGGUAAUUUUCGUGCCGCCUCCAACUGCCGCCAGAGCCAUCUUAGAGGCGAUGGAGCAGGAAAUACCGCUCAUCACUUGCAUCACCGAAGGUAUUCCCCAACAGGAUAUGGUGCGAGUGAAGCACAAACUAGUGAGACAGAAUAAGUCGAGAUUGAUCGGGCCCAAUUGUCCAGGCAUUAUAGCACCGGGGGCGUGCAAAAUCGGAAUCAUGCCCGGAUUUAUUCAUAAGGCUGGAAUGGUUGGAGUUGUUUCUAGAUCAGGAACUCUUACUUAUGAAGCAGUGCAUCAAACUACUAAAGAAGGUUUGGGGCAAUCGUUAGUAGUUGGAAUUGGCGGAGAUCCGUUUAAUGGCACAAACUUCAUCGACUGUAUCGAUAUAUUUCUUCAGGACAAAAAAACAAAAGCAAUUAUAAUGAUUGGAGAGAUUGGUGGAGAAGAAGAAGAAAAAACGGCAGAGUUUUUAUCAGAAAAAAAUGUGGGAGGAAACUUCAAACCAGUGGUUGCUUUCAUUGCUGGAAAAUCUGCUCCACCUGGGCGUAGAAUGGGUCAUGCUGGAGCUAUAAUUUCAGGAGGAAAAGGAAAAGCAUCUACUAAAAUUGAAGCUUUGAAAAAAGCUAAUGUAGUUUUAUCUGAUUCGCCGGCCACAAUGGGAAAACUAUUAAAAGAAGAAAUGUUACGUCUAAAAUUAAUUAAAUAAUAUUAACUCUGACUUAAUUAUAACUUUCAUCUUAAAAUUAACUCCUUUCUUUUUU